UUUUUUUUUGUUUCUCUUCUUUUUCUUUUUUCUUUUAUUGAAUUGUUCCACAUUUAUUUAUAUAUUUUAUCUUCUAUUGAAUUAUGGAUAUUACACAAUUACGACCUAUUGACCUUAGUUUGAGGGAAACUAAACCAUCUUUGAUUGCAGUUAGUCCAACUGUAAGCAUUCAAACAGCCUUAACACUAAUGAAUAGUCACCGAUUUACUUCCUUGCCCAUCUUCUCCCACGAUUGUACAAAGGUAGUUAGUAUUGUCAAUCUUUUUGAUAUUCUUCUUUAUUUGAUGGGCGAUUUGACUACUGUACAAAAGGACAAGUUUCCGUUGGGUGAUCCUGUUGAAAAUGUACUUGGUUUGGAUGCUGACCGUGAAAGUUAUCGAAUGUAUAAGACUGACCAACAUGACAAACUCUUGGAAACUUUCCGCGUGUUCGCAAGUGGUGGUCAUCGCGCUUUAGUGGUAGAUGAAACAGACGAAAGCAAGCAUCCUUGGUUAUUAUCACAAUCAGAUAUCAUGCGACAUAUUGUUCAUCAUCCUGAAUGCAUUAGUGAAUUGAUUGAUAUCAAUAAAUCUAUACAAGAAUUAGGAUUCGUGGAUAAGGAUCGAAAAUUGAUAACAAUACAAGGAAGACAACAAUCUGCACUCCAUGGUUACCGUUUGAUGGCCAAGGAAAAAUUAAGUGGGAUUCCAAUUCUAGAUGAACAAGGUCAAUUUGCUGGUGAUUUAUGUCUUGAAGAUCUUCCUGGUGCUAAUUUGGAUAUGAUUGACCUUUUGGAUUUGAAAAGUGUAGACUAUUUGAAGAAAUUGUCUCAUCAUGAACCUUCAACGGCAGAUCGGAAUACAAGUUUGAAAGAUAUCAUCGAUAUUAUGGUGAAUCAUGAUACACAUCGAGUUUGGAUUUUAGAUGAAAAAAAAGUAGUUGGUGUAGUGACAAUGUCUGAUAUUUUGGGUCGCUUAUCUGCCCGACGCAAAUCAUCUAUUUUUUAGUUAUUAGUUAUCUUCUUAUACCAAUCAUUAAUAAAAACGUUUUUAUUUCAUCAUUUU